AUGUGGGGGAAUGCGUGGAUUGUGAAACGGGAAAAGGAAAAACCGGAACUUGCUGGCGACGUAUCCGUUCCAGAUCAUUGCGACGGAUCACAUACCUUCGCUGCCCAGAUCUCACAAGGGGAGCACGGAGUUAUUGAUCUGGGUCUAUCCGUUCAUAGGCGAGCGACGAUGGUAUAUCGGCCGCAAGUCAACGGGACCGCUGAAAGAAUGGUGCAGACUGCGACCAGGGCGCUCAAGAUGUACGUUCGCGAUCUGGAUAAGAAGGAUUAG